GUGAUUUUUGAAGAAAGUAUAUUGUAUUAUGGUAUAGGUGAUGCGGAUGAGUGAGAAAGUGGUAGAAAAAGAGGGGUGAUAUAAUUUUUAUACCAUGAGUGAUGAUGGUUUAAAACUAAACAAACCAAGAGGGGAGAGAGUGAGAGACUCUAGAGAGAGAAAUUAAAAAAAAGGCAGCAAUCACAACAAAAUUGUCGCAACUCUCCCUUUCUCACGAGUCCUCCUCCGUCUUGAACUCGGCGCGACUCUGGUCACUUUUGCAAGUAUCCGGCGGCGCUCUCUUUUAAUUGUUGAUUUUCUGUGGUGGGUCAGAAGAAUUUUGGUUGUUUUCUCUUAACCCAUUAACUAAAUUCAGUCAUAUUAGCUGUAUCUGAAUGCUGAGUUCCAUGGACGAUGACGUCAGUAUUGUGAAUGAAGUGCCUGUUGGGAUUCUAUCAGGAGUUCACUUUAAUGUGCUGACUGAAAACUAUGCAGAGAAUAUAUCGGUGUUAACUAUUGAAAGUCCUGCCGGAGUGACUGAUCCAAAGUUGGGAUUUCCAAAUCCAACUUCCCAGUGUGCCACCUGUGGUGCAAGAAGCAAUAAACAGUGCGAAGGUCAUUUUGGUGUUAUCCAUUUUCCAUACACAAUUAUCCACCCAUAUUUUACGUCUGAAGUUGUACAAAUUUUGAACAAAAUCUGCCCAGGAUGUAAAUCUCUCCGAAGAGAAAGACGCACUAAGGGUGCAAAAGCAGGGGCUAAGCAUGAUUCGUCAAGGGUUUGUAAUCCUUGUAAAUAUUGUGCAGUAGGAAGGCCAUCUAUCAGAUUUAGAGUUUCCACCAAUGACUUAUUUAGGAAGACGGCAAUUACCGUAGAACUUACUGAGAGACCACAAAACAAAUACCAGCUUGAAAAUUUUUGGGAUUUUAUUCCUAAAGAUGUUCAAGUGGAAGAAAGUGUGAACAAUAACAAUAAUAAAAGAGUGUUGUCACCUGCACAGGUCUACCAUUUACUAAAAGAUGUUGACCCAAGCUUCAUAAAAGAAUUUGUUUCCAGAAAAGAUGCGCUUUUCCUUAAUUGCUUUGCAGUGACCCCUAAUUGUCAUCGUGUUACUGAACUUAUUCAUCCAUUUUCUACUGGACAGAAGUUAAUUUUUGAUGACCGAACUAGGGCUUUCAGGAAGCUGGUUGAUUUCAGGGGUGCUGCCAAUGAGUUGGCGUCUCGUGUCCUAGAUUGCUUGAAACUUUCAAAGUUACGCCUGGAAAAGUCCAACAAUGAUUCUGAUAAUGUAGAUGUGUUAAAUACAUCAGCUUCUAAAUGGAUGAAGGAAGUAGUUCUUACGAAGAGAAGUGAUCACAUAAUUCGCUCCGUUGUCACUGGUGAUCCUUAUUUGAAACUCUGUGAGAUUGGCAUCCCUUGUUAUAUCGCAGAAAGGCUGCAAAUAUCUGAUCAUUUGAACUCUUUGAACUGGGAGAAGUUGACUGCCAGCUGCAAUUUGAGGCUUCUUGAGAAGGGAGAGGUCUAUGUUCGCAGAAAAGGUGAUUUGGUUUCUGUUCGUGAAAUGGAGGACUUCCAAUUUGGAGACCUUAUAUAUAGGCCUUUGAAUGAUGGUGAUAUUAUGCUAAUAAAUAGGCCCCCUUCAGUUCAUCAACAUUCAAUGCUUGCUUUGCAUGUUAAAAUUCUUCCGAUAAAUUCCGUUGUCUCCAUAAAUCCUUUGUGCUGUGCUCCUUUGCAAGGAGAUUUUGACGGUGAUUGCCUGCAUGGCUAUGUCCCUCAGUCAAUGGAAGCUAGAGUGGAGUUAAGGGAGCUCGUGGGCCUUGACAAACAGUUAAGAAAUGAACAGAAUGGAAGAAACUUGCUCUCACUGGCACAUGAUAGCAUGACUGCUGCUUAUUUGCUCACGGCUGAGGAGAAUGUUCUGUCCAAACCUCAAGUGCAGAAUCUUGAGAUGCUUUGUCCCCCAAAAUUGCUUUCAUCUCCUGCAAAUUCUGAUUUUUGGACUGGGAAGCAAAUAUUCAGCAUGCUAUUGCCACCUGAAUUUGAUUAUGUAUCUCCUUCAAACGGUGUACAAAUUACUAAAGGAGAGUUAAUCUCAUCUCCUACUGGGUCAUCUUGGUUUCGUGGGGAUGCAGAUGGAAACUUUUUUGAAAGUCUUAUUAAUCAUUUUGGUGGGAAAUUUCUGGAUUAUCUUGAUGCUGCUCAAAGUGUUUUUUGUGAAUAUUUGUCAUCAAGGGGAUUGAGUGUCUCUCUACUGGACCUUUAUCUGUGUUCUGAUGGGCACCUGCGUAAGAAUUUGGUUGAUGAAGUCUCUUGUGGUCUUCAAGAAGCAGAAAAGAAUUGCCAUAUGACACAGUUUUUGGUUAAAUCUUCCAUAAAAUACCUUCUUGAUGAUGAAGAAGAAAACCAAACUGCUAUGUUACUUGAGGUUGAUAAACUAUGCUGUGAAAAACAGAAGUCUGCUGGUCUAAGUCGAGCUUCUGCCAGUGCCUUCAAAUAUGUUUUCCGAGAUAUUCAGAAUUUGACUUAUCAAUAUGCUGCUAGUGACAAUGCUUUGUUGGCCAUGAUGAAAUCUGGAAGCAAAGGGAAUCUGUCAAAAUUAGUUCAGCAAAGUAUGUGUCUUGGUUUACAACAUUCACUUGUACCAUUGACUUUCAGGCUCCCUCACAAGCUUUCGUGUUCUGCUUGGAAUGAGCUGAAAGAAAAAAAUUCAAACUUUCAAGAAAAUUUUGAAUGCGCCAAAAAUUUCAUUCCUACUGCUGUGGUGGAAGGUUCAUUUGUCACAGGCUUGAACCCUCUUGAAUGCUUUAUUCAUUCCGUAACAUGUCGAGAUAGUACAUUUAGUGAUCAUGCUAGUGUCCCUGGUACCUUAAUGCGAAAGCUUUCAUUUUUCAUGCGUGAUAUACAAUUGGCCUAUGAUGGCACUGUAAGAAAUGCAUAUGGAAAUCAACUUGUUCAAUUUUCUUAUGCUGUUGAUAAGGGUGAGUCUUCCUCACAAGGAAAUGAUGAAUCAAUUGGUGAGAGCAUGAAUGCAUGUGAAGCUGUUGGCGGUCAUGCUGUUGGUGCAUUGGCAGCUUCUGCCUUUUCUGAAGCUGCAUAUGGUGCACUAGACCAACCCGUCACUGUUCUGGAACCUUCUCCUUUAUUAAACUUUAAGAAAGUAAUGGAGAGUGGUUCCAGAAAAGCCAAAGGAAGCAGGACUGUUUCACUUUUUCUCUCACAAAAGCUCAGAAGGUUGCGUUACGGUUCUGAAUAUGGGGUCUUAGAAGUUAAAAAUCAUCUUGAGAAACUUUUGUUUUCGGAUAUUGUCUCAACAGUUAUGAUACUCUAUUCUCCAGAGAACCAUAAUCGAAUGCAGAUUUGCCCUUGGGUUUGCCAUUUCCAUGUGAGCAAGGAUAUUCUGAAGAAAAUGCGGCUGAAAGUUUUUUCAAUUAUUGAUGCUCUCAAGAGGAAAUGUGAAGCAACUGCCUCCCUUGCUAAUGUACAACUAGUGAGCAAGAAUGGUUGUCGUUCUGAUGCUGGGAAUGAUACUACCAUUGUAUGCAUUACUGCUACCAUAACUGAAAGUCCAAGGAAAUCAUCUACAGAUUUAUAUUCAGUUCGAGAGGUGGUAAUACCAAGUCUUCUGGGAUCUGUAGUAAAAGGAUUUGCUGAGGUUGAUAAGGUGGAGAUUUUAUGGCAUGAUCAUCCGGUGGAAUCAAGGAUUCAGAAAAAGCCACCUGGUGGUGAACUAUAUCUAAGUGUCUCUCUGUCAGCAAAUUGCAAAAGCAAAAAUAUGUGGAGUAGACUAAUGAACAAUUGUCUUCCAAUCAUGGAUUUGAUAGAUUGGACACGCAGUUAUCCUGAUGACCUGAGUGAGAUAAAUUCAGCUUUUGGAAUUGAUGUUGCCUGGCGAUGCUUCCUUGAGAAUUUGAGAAGUGCUGCUACCGAUACAGGCAAAACUAUUCUUCCCCAGCACUUAAUUCUACUGGCAGAUUGUCUGUCUGUGACAGGGGAAUUUGUAGGGUUGAGUCCAAAAGGGGUUGCUCGGCAGAAAGCUCUUGUAUCUGUUUCGUCACCAUUUAUGUUGGCAUGCUUUAAUAAUGCUGGACCUAACUUCAUAAAGGCUGCUAAGAAGGGGGCUGCUGAUGGGCUACUAGGAAGCAUAGAUGCUUUGGCUUGGGGGAAGAUGCCACGUCUGGGAACUGGUGCACAGUUUGAUUUUAUAUAUUCUGGCAAGGGGCAUGAAAUCCAGAAGCCUGUGGAUAUCUAUAACCUGCUGGCAAGCCACACAAGUUCUCAUGAUAGUGAAAUUAAAAUCAAUUUGCCCCCCAAUGAUCAGACGAUUUUAUCUGAAAAACUUGGUGCUCACCAUGUUAAAAAAUGGUCAAAUGCAAAAGUUUUCAAUGCGGCGAUACCAAAGAAAUUCUUACAGAAGCAUUUCUCUGUGGAUGAUAUUUGGAAGCUUGGUCGGAUAUGGAAGAGGAUAUUGUACAAGUAUGAAAUUGAUGAUAAGUUGAGUGACGUUGACAAGGCAAUGCUGUUGAUGGCUUUAAAAUUCCACCCACACCGAGAGGAGAAGAUUGGGAGUGGAGCUGUAGAUAUUAAGGUUGGUCAUCAUGCUGAGCAUAAAGACAGCCGUUGCUUCGUUUUGGAGAGGGAUGAUGGAACUUUUGAAGACUUCUCAUACAAAAAGUGCGUUUUUGGUGCGCUGGAGAUUAUUGCUCCUAGUAGGGCAAAACUCUAUCAGACCAGAUGGGCCAAAAAUGGCACCACGCAAAAGGUCUGAUGUCUGACCGGAUCAUAUUCUCUGCCCUUUUACCCGCAAAGCUUAUGAACUCUUUAGUACAUUAUUUUUGGAAGAUUGUAGUAUCUGAGAAACAUUGUUAAGCAGCAAACCACAUGUUGAAGUAGGAACCACAUGUUGCAUUGUGUUGUGUUGUUUUGUCUGUAAAAUAUGGUAGCUUAGUUCUUUCCUCUACGCUUCUUUUUGCUGCUUCUACUUCAUCUUUUUUGCCUCGAUUUGUAAAGGCAAGAAAGAUCUUAGUGGAAGCAGCAAAGAGAAGCUGGGAAAGCUAUUAUUAUUUUAGUUUCAUCAUGUAAUCUGUAAAACUGUAUUUCACAAUGCAAACAUUUUCGUUAUUAUCUUA